GCAACGGUGCCUUCAGUUACCUCGACCCAUCCACUUUCGUUCGCGCAAAAUACAAUCGUUUUCUCGUAUCAUUCUUUCUUUUAAGAAAAAAACUAUUUUGCCUUUUUUUCCUUUACGUUUUUUCCUCGUUGACCUCUUUUGGCGGAAGCGAAGACUUCUCUAUUGCUUCAAAUAUAACCUGCUCUUUAGACACUUGCAAUAUUCUUAGAUAUGGCGUGUUACACGGUAGUCCGCAUUAUCGUGCUCAUCUUGUCGAUCGUGGCCCUCGCGUUCGCAGUCAUCGGCGUAUUCGUGCCUUUUCUCGUGGUGCCCGCCAGCAAACAGAACGAAUUGGACGCGCUCAACAUGACGGUGCGGAGUCCCAGCUUCGACAUCUCUAAAGAUGCGGCGACGCUGCAGAAAUUCAGCCAACUCGCCGGUUCGCCGCCGGCGAAAAGCACCAUGACACUGUGGAAACUCAAGUAUGGGAACGCGAGGGACGGCACAACAACGGUGGACCUUCGUGAUGAGUACUUCUCGUGCUACGCGGGCAACAUGCUGAUUCAAGCUGCGGAGGGCGUUGCCGUCGUAACGUGCGUGCUGGGUGUGGCGAACCUCAUCCUGUCCGCCUUCACUUUCACCUUCGCUGCCGUGGUGAAAUUCCCCCUGGCGCUGUACUUUUUCUUAUCUGGUGCCGCGGCGGCGGUGACAUUCGGUAUUAUGCUAAACCUCUACCUGCAUGGGUGGUGCGGUGACGCCUCGAUGAAGUCGUCGUAUUGGGACCUGACGGCGGGCUUCGCCUUCUACGUCAUUUCCUGCGUCCUUUCCCUCGUUGCGAGUGUGCUGACGAUGUUUAUAGAUUAA